AUGCCUCUGCUCUUCCUGCUUGCCGAGUUUGCCAUGCUAUUAGCCCGCCUCGAUUCGGAAGGAAUAUACCUGCACAUCACAGUGCCUCGGAGGACAGAGCCGCGCAAGGGCGGAGAUUCAGAAGGGAAGGUGACUUACAUCAUUACAGUUGAUGGGAAACCCUACUCUCUGCAUCUCAGGAACUACUCAUUCAUAUCCCCGAAUUUUCUGGUUUAUACACGUAAUGAAACUGGAAUUUUGUAUUCUGACUCUUCACGCUUUAUGACACACUGCCAUUACCGAGGAUAUGUUGAGGAAUCUCCAAAUUCCACUGUGACCCUCAACACCUGCUCUGGUCUCAGGGGGUUCCUGCAGUUGGAAAAUAUCAGCUAUGGAAUUGAAUCACUGGAGUCUUCAGCAAGAUUUGAGCACAUAGUUUAUCAAGUGAAAAACGACAAUCCAGUGUCAGCAGAAAACUACAGCCGUAUCUGGCAAACAGGACAGCCCAAUAAAGAUCAUUUCGACGCACAGGAUAAAAAUUAUUCACAACUAAUACCUCAAAGUCUAAAAUUGCACAUUAUAGUGGAAAAAUCUUUGUAUGAUUAUAUGGGAUCUGACAUUAAGGCUGUAUCACAGAAAAUUUUCCAGAUUAUUGGGCUUGUCAACACUAUGUUCACUCAGCUGGAAUUGACUGUUAUGUUAGCUUCCUUGGAACUAUGGUCAGAUAAAAAUCAAAUUUCCACUGAUGGAGAUGCUAAUGAUAUUUUACAAAGACUACUGGGCUGGAAACAAGAUCAUCAUACCCUACAGUCCCCCCAUGAGAUAACACACUUACUCAUUUACAGGAAACAUCCGAAAUACAUUGGAACAGCGUCACCGGGUGAAUUAUGCAAUAAAAGCUCUUCUGUGGGUAUUGGUAUGUAUCCAGAAGACUUAGGUUUGGAGGGAUUCUCAGUGGUUAUUGCUCAACUGAUUGGCCUGCAGAUAGGAUUAACAUAUGAUGAUGUCGAUAAUUGUUCCUGUCCCAGAGCUCCGUGUAUAAUGCAACAGGAAGCAUUGAGUUCCAGCGGGAUGAAGACUUUUAGCAACUGUAGCAAGCAUGACUACAGACGUUAUGCUUCAAAUUUUGAGGUGAAAUGUGUUGGUAACCUUUCAAAUGUGCAAGUGCUACAACUAAAUCAUUCCGUGUGUGGUGAUGGAAUCGUGGAAGCUAAUGAAGAAUGUGACUGUGGCAAUGACACGGAGUGUCGGUUUAGAGAGUGCUGUGACUCUGAAACCUGUCGACUGAAAGCGUCGGCACAGUGUGGAUCUGGGCCGUGUUGCACGCCAAGCUGUCAGCUGUCCUCAGCGGGCACGCCCUGCAGGAAGGCUCAUGACCCAGAGUGUGAUUUCACAGAAUACUGCGACGGAGUCUCUAGCCAGUGUGUCCCUGACACUUUCGCAGUGAACGGCCACUUGUGCAGGCUGGGAUCCGCGUACUGCUACAAUGGGCGUUGCCAAGCUCUUAACGACCAGUGUGUCAGCUUGUUUGGAAAAGGGUCUCAAGGAGCUUCCUACGCCUGUUUUGAAAAAGUUAAUUCACCACGUGAAAAACUGGAGAACUGUGGUCUUAAAAAUUCAUACUCAUUACCUUGUGGACAAAAGGAUGUCCUCUGCGGCAAACUGACUUGCUUCCGGCCAAAUAAGAGUCAGAAAAGCAGUGCUCGCGCUGUGAUGUACUCGUACGUCCACGACAGCGUGUGUCUGUCUGUACCUCUCGGGGUGUCUACCAGAGCGGACGGAGGAGAUAACGCGUACGUGGCUGACGGCACCGUGUGUGGACCGCAGAUGUAUUGCAUAAACAGAACCUGCCAAGAAGUUAACCUAGCAGCAAACGACUGCAGCGCCACCAAGAAGUGCAAGGGGAAUGGGAUAUGUAAUAACUUUGGUAAUUGCCAAUGCUUUCCUGACUACAGGCCUCCAGAUUGUAACUUUCAGAUCGGAUCACCAGGGGGCAGCAUUGACGACGGAAACAUUCUCAGAGCUGGUUCAGGUCUUGCUAAAAAACAUAUGGGGAAGCACGAGGACAGCUGGCUGAUUCUGGGCUUCUUCAUUUUUCUGCCUUUUCUCAUAACUUUGAUCAUUGGGAUCCUGAAGAGAAAUGAAAGGAAAAUCAUGCCGCAGACAGAACAACAAAUAUGA